GCAAAUAUUGGGGAAAAAAGAUGGGCGCAGGGCUUUGUAAAGGGAGACCCUAAAAAGACUCAUGGUCAAAUCAACGUGCAAACAAGGAGCCGGACCCUACCUGAGGUCCAAGAAGUAAUGGGUCAGAAUGAAUACAACUAUUAUUGUUAAAGGGCCUUGCCCUAAACUUUAUAAAGAUAGUCUUCAAUUACUCUAUGGGAACACUGAGAGACUUUACCCCGCUUACACCAUCUUGCUGGUCUUGGCUUUCAUUUCGUCGCUGCAAGCACUUCUCGGAAAUAGUCUGGUUUUCUGCACCAUCAUGACGAGUAAAAUCCUACGAUCACCGUCAUAUCUGUUCCUGGCUUCAUUAUCUCUCAAUGAUUUCAUCAUAGGAGCAGUCAUUCCUUUUUUCGCGCGUGGACGGAUCCUAGAAGCUCAGGAUAGGUUCGACGAGGGAUGCCGAUGGCACAAUGGAUUAAGCCCUCUCAUCUAUGCUAUCUGCGGAGGGAGUCUUUUUAAUCUAGUUGUCAUUGCUACAGAUAGGCGACUCGCUAUAGUGUUGAGAAGCGAGUACCGCACCAUGGUGACCACAAGAAAGGCGCGCGUCAUUAUUGCAACCGUUUGGACGGGAGUUUUUCUGUACGGGGUACUUUCCUACAGUACCAGCCACUCACCUGCCAUUGUAAACACGAUUUCUUGGGUCGCGACUCUGAUUUUAGUAGCCAUUAUCAGCGCGUCUUACCGCAGUGCUUUCAAGCAUCUUCGCACCGUGUCAGCUUCUAAUAACGCGACCAACACAGUUGACAUAGAAUCAGUCAAAUACAGACGCACUCUGACAACUAUGGUAACUGUUGUGGCUUGUCUGGUGUGUUCCUUCAUACCUAUUCUAUUGGUGGCUAUUGUGGCGUGGUUUCUAGGCUUCCAAAGUGAUAUUUUAAUGGCUUAUCAUUUCUGUGUGUUGGUUGUUUAUUCCAGUUCUAGUAUGAACCCGAUGAUUUAUUUGUCGAGAAUGGGGGAUCUCCGAAAAGAGAGUAUUCGUCUGAUAAAAACAAUUGGAAACUGUUUGCGUUGUAUUGGAUAGAAUGUGUCUCCUGAUCAGGGCAUUAAUCUGAGCAGCUCAUUUACCAAUGUGAAAAAUACACCCACCUGGAGGUCAAGCCUUAUUACAUUAUCUAGUUAUAAAAAGUCAUGUAGUAAUAGCAACAAAGACAUCAAAUAAAGGUGUGUUAAUUAAAUCUCUUGGAAAAACAUAAUCCAAAUUUAGAAGCUAGUUAUUUCUUUUUUUUUUCGAGUCUACGCACUCUGCAUACAGACAGAAUAGCGAGGAUUUGUCAAAA